CACAAGCAAUGCUGCCUCUCUUCAGCUUGAAGUUCAGGCACACACACACACAGUGACACAGUUCAACUUCAGGGGCAAGACGAAGAACGCAAGAUUGAUAUCCUCCGAGUUCAACGGCAAUGUGGGGCACACUGGCCCGUGAGGUCAACUGUCCCGUUAUGGUGGCAGAGCCCGGCGGCGCCACGCUGCUGGCAAGCACCCAGUCUGCAUGCAGCCUUUGUAUAAAGUGCGCCAGCGGGGACAGAUCUUAGGCGCCCAGGGACUGACGUAGCGCGCAAACCAUGGCUGAGGCUCACCUUGUAAAAAGCUGCUCGCUCGGGCAGGCCGCCAGCUGUCACGUAGCCCCUCACAUCAAAAACUCGACAGUGCGGAAUGCCCGUUUUUCUCCAAAGAUCUCUAGAUCUAAUGCAGCCCAAGCUGCCGGCUCGCGGCAUCAUCGCACCCACAUACCCCUGCAGACCUCCUCUUUCACGUCUAGCAGCAAUCACAUUCUGAACCCUAAAAGCAGAUGUAAAGAAACUAGUCCACGACGCAGCGGUCGGAGGGGCGCUCGAUGUGCCCUCGAGUUGCUAGAUUCGCUUCACGAGAUCGGGACGCAUGUCGGGCAGCUUCCGCAGGUGAUCGAGGGGCUUGCUUCGGCUGGGACGCUGCCAGGGGUGCCGGCGGAGUUGCUGCAGACGGGGGCGAACGCGAUCCGGGAGUUUCAGGCCCUCCCCCAGGAACAACAAUACAAGCUGGCGGGCGGCGCCGGCGGGGGCUGGCUCUACCUCACCGCGCGGCCGGGCGUCUUUGCGGGGGCGGUCGACGCCUACCUUUUUGCGCCCCUGCAAUUUGCUCUCGAUGUCGCGCUAGGCCGGCGCCGCUACAAGCGCACCGACUUCGUCCUCGGAAACCGGAUCGGGGAGGGCAGCUUUGGGACCGUGUACGAGGGGGCGCUCGUCGGCGACAAGAUUGACACCGACGACGACCUGGGCUCGCGGGGCGUGCGGCUGAACGAACUGGAGAAGGGGAGGUUCAAGAAAGUGGUGUUAAAGAAGGUGAAGAUCGGGGUGGAAGGGGCGGAGGAGUGUGGGGAGAUGGAGGAGUGGUUCAACCGGCGGAUGCAGCGUUAUGCACCCGGAAUGUGCGCUGAGUACCUGGGAAGUUUUAUCGCGGACAAGACCAAGGGACAGUUCAGCAAGGGGGGCCGGUGGCUUGUCUGGAACUACCAGUCGGACGCGUCUUUAUUAGACUACAUGAAGGACCGCGACUUCCCGUACAACUUGGAGCGGCCGCUGUUCGGCAAGAAGCUGACGAAGUACGACUCGGUGCGGCGCCAGAGCCUCGUCAUCAAAAAGGUGGCGCGCCAGAUGUUCCUCGGACUGAGAAAGUUGCACAAGACCGGGAUCGUCCAUAGGGACAUUAAGCCCGCCAAUUACAUCAUCACGGACCGCGGCCGGGUAAAGCUCAUCGACUUUGGCGCCGCCACAGACCUCCGGGUGGGCAAGAACUACACCCCUAACAGGGGGAUCCUGGACCCGGACUACUGCCCCCCCGAACAGUACGUGCUCCCAGAGACAACCCCCGCGGCGCCGUCCGCCCCGCUGGCGGCGCUCGCCUCGCCGUUCCUGUGGCGGCUCUCCCACCCGGACCUGUUCGACACGUACUCCGCCGGCAUCGUGAUGCUGCAGAUGGCAAUCCCCACGCUGCGCACCGACCUCGGCCUCGGGUCGUUCAAAAAGGAGCUCGAGAGCGUCGGGCACGAUCUGCGAAAGUGGCGGGAAACGACGCGUCUGCGCGCGGACUUUUCCGUGUUGGACCAGGACGGCGGCCAAGGGUGGGAUCUAGUGUGCAAGCUGGUGUGCCCCCGAGGGCCGCUCUUCAAGGGCCGGCUGUCGGCGCCGGAAGCGCUGCGGCACCCGUACUUCAUCCUCGGCAGCGAUCAGCUGGCCACCAUUUCCGCGCGGCUGUCGAGGUCGAAGGAUUAAUUCGAAAUUUGAGAAUAGUACGCCUAUUUUUUGCUUCCUGCUCCAUUGACUGAUUGGGACAUGCACUGAGUUCAGACACUGUUACGUGUUGAGAUGCGCCGGAUGUGUUAAAAACGAUGCCCUCUGCUUACCAACCAUCCAAUUAAUUGCAGUCGCACUGUCAUUGGUGAUGGAUGGCGG